UUGAAAGGGGGAAAGAUUUUGCUGUCAAAGAAUGAAAAUACAGCUCUCUUGACUUGGACUUGACUAUAAAAACUGAUAUUUUCUGAAAGACUGGGCAAGACUAUUUUAGCUGUGUUGAUACUGUUGACAUGUGAAACUCUGACGUUUUCUUGAAAUAACAGUAUAGUUUGUGUUACUACAGUGUUACAUAGACUCUCUGCUGCUUUUAAAACUCUCUCAGUAUAUUAACGUUAACGUAUAACGUAACACACAUUGGUGCCUCACCCUUUAAACUUGAAAAGCAUUCCAGCCUCCAGUUUUCAUGUACGUAAUGAAACUUGGCAUGUCAACAACAGAAGGAUUUAUAAGCAGCCACACAGUAACACACAAACACACAAUAACUAAUGACAUUUACUUUGAACAUUUUAUUCUUUUCUUCAAAAAAACAGGAAGGAAGAAGGCAACAAAAAAGACAAAUUAGCCAAGCGGGGGUUGACAAAAAAUUGUUAACUAUUGAACUGCGGGAAAAAAAACAUUGAAUCUUAUCGAACAGUAAUAUUUAACUUUUUUGGAAGUAGUUUCUCUAGAAAACAACUUUGUCAACCCCCGCUGGGGUGUGCUUGCGGAAGUCUGUGUCUGGAGCUUAAAGCCAUGCAGCCGGACAGAAGCAGACGACAAGUUCCAGAAAUGCCUGAGAGAGAAGAGAUGACUUCAACCAGUUCCACCGAGUUACAGCUUGUCUCACCCCAAAGGGAGGAGGACCGGCAGCAGGAGGAUCGUCCCUUUUUGUUUCAGUUAAAUUUAUUCUAUUUUCAAAAAGUUAAUAUUCUAUUUGAUUCUAACAAAACCCUAAAUUUACACCUAAUUGCAAGUCAUGUAAACUCUCCAGCAUUGUUAGACUACAUUCUCACGAUCAGAAACCCUCAGACUGCAUUUGAUUUGACCAUUUACUCUCUUUUUUUGCCCUCAGUCAAAAAAACAUUAAACAUUAAAAAAUCUGUAUGUUUUGGCACAUUCUCACGACCAGAGACCCUCGGACUGCAUUUGAUUUUACCAUUUUCUUAUCAUUUACAUUCAAUGAUGUCAACGACAGCCAAUAUUGAAGAUUUGCUAGCUGCUUUAUCAAAUUACAGCCCCAUUGAUUUCAGUGCUGUAAAUCUAAGGCAGAUUUCCCAAAACAUUCUGGGGUUAAAAGACAGCUUCAAAAACUAAUAGAUUGUGACAAAAUUGAACUUUUUAAUCGAGUAAUUAAACUCGUUUCAAAUGUAGAAAAUGAAUUAAAUAUUGAUGCAGUGUGUGCAGGUAGACACAUGAAGUCUCUCCAAGAAUGUUCCAAUGAGAAACAAUGUGCAUCUGCUGUUGUUUUUUUGAAAGAUGGUAAAUGUGAGAUUUUUGCUGAGGUUUAUCCACAUUAUCGAAACAAGAAGAGCAAGAAUUCUGAUUCUCCUUCCACUGAAGUUACAAAACACAGUGAGGAAAUUUUAAUUGGACAAAUUGAUGAAUAUCUACAGAGCAAUGGAAUACAUGUCCAAAGUAUUUUAUUUUAUACACUCAAUAGCCCAUGUUUGAAGAGAGAAAAACAUACUGACCCAUGUAUGUUUAAACUUGUAGAGAUGGCCCAUCAAUGGCAAAGUAAAUUUGGAUUUUCUACUGUUGUGGCAUUCACAAAGUUUUGGGGACUAAGUGGUCCAAACUUUUUUAAGGAUCUCACGUAUUCCGACAUCUCAAGUCCCAGCAGUGAUUUUUAUCCAUAUAUUGAAACAUGCAAGACAAUCCCCUUCAAAUUGAACAGUAAAGAUUUCAGAAAUAAUGUUAAAAAAAGGAGUAUCUACAAUACAAUCCCGUAUGUUGAAGUCAGCGAUAAAAGAAAACUAGAUAAUGAUAUUAAAUCGGCUCUCCGGGAUCUUGUGAAACUGGCAGAAAGUUCAUUUGGUCUGAGAAAAGAACAUCUGGAACGUGGAGAGGAAAAGAUUUCUUCGUUCACGUUUGACCCACUGGUCCAAGAUAAAAGCUUUGAAUUUUUGACAAAGAAUUGGAAUGAAAUGGUUACCAAUUGUUCAAUGUCACCCAUAAGAGAAAAAAUAACCACAGAUUUCAACAUUGCAGUAGUUUUUCUUUUUCUGAAAGAGCUUAAGUCAACUUUGGGGAACAGCAGCCCUUUACGGCUUUAUUGUGUCCCUCAGAACUGGUUCAGAGAAUAUGUUAAACUGAUUAAAAUACUUUAUGUUGAUCACAAUAUUAUGUAAUACAAAAGUUUGUGGUCUUUCUAGUAUGAAAUACUAAAUGGUCAUGAGACUGUGUUGUAGUAACGAAUAUUGUUUUAUUAAAAAUCUUUUUCGAAUUAAUACAUUUUAAAAUUUUGAUAAUAUUAACUUUGGGUACCAAUUGUAAUUAGAGCUAUAAUUACUGUUGUAACUCAAGUCUAUCUUUUGUCUGGAUCUUUGUUGUCUGCUCUGUCCUGAGCUCUUGGCAAUAAAAAUUUUACACUGA